CGCGAGUUCACAAUCUCCAUGGCAACGGCAAGUAACUUUAACGCUCCGGUGGUCAGGUAAACCGAGAUUUGUUGCGUUCAAGCCUGCGCUUGCUUUCUAUGUAAUUUAAAAUAAGAUUUGUCAGUGUUGUAACAGUUUAUAGUAGGCCGUCAUAUUUUAUUUUAGUAAAUUGAUUUUUUAUAUAUAUAAUUUCGUAGCGAAAUAAUUAAAAAGCAAACCGUUUUGCCGUUCAGUUUUCGCGUACUCGCCUUGGCCUCCUAGCGUUGAUGGCGGGUCAGCAUUGCUGAAAAUAACCUUUUUCAGGUAGAAAGCGAAGGACCGAAGCGAUGAUCCCCAGAAGACCAACUGGACCGAAGCCUACUUAUGUAAGGCACAGAGUCUCGCUGCCAUUGGCCCUAGAGCGACCGGAAUGUGCUGCGAGCUCAUCAAAGGUUGCAACUGUCAAGACUCCCUGGGAAGAGUGCAGGGGCAACAUUCCCACUGACGCUUCAGAGCAGUCAGAGAGUGCAAUGAUCCCCAGAAGACCGACUGGACCAAAGCCUACUUAUGUAAGGCACAGAGUCUCGCUGCCAUUGGCCCUAGAGUCGGAAGUCCACUUACCCACGGUUUGUGCCGAGCGACCGGAAUGUGCUGCGAGCUCAUCAAAGGUUGCAACUGUCAAGACUCCCUGGGAAGAGUGCAGGGGCAACAUUCCCACUUACGCUUCAGAGCAGUCAGAGAGUUCGUAUUUCUCCAUUGGUGGGGAUACACCCAAAGUUCAAAUUGCCUACCGCACCCUCCCUGGCUACGCUCCUCGCGAGUUAGUGAUAGAGAGAAUUCGUAGACAAUACUUGGUUCUAGACUUAGAGAACCUCUUGGCAGAAAAAGGCAUCGAGACCAACAGCUUGAUGCCAAGACAUCUGAACAGUACUGAUCCUACGACUCCAGCAUCAGACAAUGUGUCAUCGCCCUUCCUUUCACUUGAGAUAUUUGACAAUGAGGAUUACGACUGCCGGACACCAGAAGACUGGCUUGCUCUGGGCGAAAAUGAAGGAUCACCCGGUCGAAAGCCUAUUCCUGCAAAAGCCUUGCUGCUUAAAGAGGAUCCAACAAGUCCAAACCCUGAGUACAGCUGGCAUUUAGUUGGGGUCCUUGACUACUGUAAGGAAAAAUGUCAGUACUUAGUGCAGAAGGUCCUCCCAUGCAGCAAUAAGAACGACGAGGAAGGACAACCUGAUGAAAAAACAGGACACGGGAAAACGGUAAACCUUUUACACGGAGGCUCUGAGCACUGGGUGCCGAGAAUCAGGCUGUUGUUCAAAGCCGAGGAUCCUCGAAUCUUCGCCGAGCGAAUCGAGUUUGCUCUGAGCAUGAGGAACAGCGCGGAGGUUCAGCUCCUGUACAGCACGUCCGUGGACUGCAUGCCCAUCUGGGAGGGGAAUCCGUCCCUCGGCGACGACAGUCUGCAGCGCAUCAAGACGUUCGUCCAGUCAGCUUGUGGCUUUGAGCCGAAAAUAUUUGAGAGAUGUAUAAAAGACUUGGAGAAGGAGGCCAAACUGGAAUAUGAUCGGAUUAUGAACCGCAUGGUGUUUGACAAAAUUGUGACGAAAAACUCUGAGGAGUUUUCAGAGAUCUCUUUGCCACCAAGAGACGCUGAAUAUGUACCGCAAAAUGGAUGUGUUCCAGUUCCUCCCUUUAACUUUGAGAAGAAGCAAGCUGAAUUUGCCCUGAACUCUUUGCUGAACCGACCGGAGGUGAUCAGUGUGUUGCCUCGGAUUUUGUCUGAGUGCCACAAAAUAACAAACAUGAGGCUGUUCAAUGUGACGUUGCGCAAACCCCUUCGACUUGACGAAUUUGACCUCAUCCAGUCUCAAGUUCAGCAUGAGAUUGUCACGUAUAUCCAGAAGAACUGGGUCAUCUCGUUGAGCAACAGCAUCCGCACCGCCAGUGAUUCCCUAGCCAGCGGCUGCUCUCGGAACGAGUCCUACUUCACCGUAUUCAGACUGAUGAAAGUGGUGGUCUUCAGAAUGAGGAACUCCCUGCGCAGCCUUGUGCUAGAUUCCCUGGGCGCCCUGAGCGACUUCCUUCUGGAGGCUUGUCACUGUGUGCUGCCGCGUCCUCCGGACCUGGUCUGGGGUAGUGACCUGAUCAGUAGCCCGUACAAGCCGAAAAAAACCCCUCUGUUUUAUGUGGAUCUGGUUUUGGACGAAACUGGGGUUCAUUACAGCACUCCACUAGAAGAUUUUGAAACAUCCAUCACAAAAUUGUUCAGGUGUGCCAUUGCGGUCACGCACAAAGUUCCGCAGCUUUAUAAGUUUGUGAUGAAGAAAUUGGUCACCAUGGGCAGUUUGUUGCUUGAGCCAAUGAGUUUCUACGAAGAAGAAGUAAGAGAGCUGGAGGAAAAAGUCCGGAGCACCCUGAUAGAAGCAGCUAUGCCUCUCAGGGCCUAUGCUGCCGAGUAUGAGAAACACUCAGACCUACACAAUUUGGACUUGGAAGCUUUCAAGUCUCAGAAUGCAGAGCAGACCCCUGAAGAGGUGACAAUACAGGUCAAACAUCAUCUCGAAGAAAUGGAGAAGCUUCAAUGCUCCCUGCCAUCUUCCAUUGAUAUCGGCCCAUUUUGUGUGCGUGUCGAGUCUGUACGACAGUCUCUGAUAACGAAGCGAAAGGCUUUGGCCAACACGCUCCUGGAAAACUUUGCUCUGACACUACGCAAGCAGACUGAAAGUGCAAGUGAAAAGUGUAACGUCAUAAGCAGAAUGCUGUGGGAGAAACCCAACAGCAUCGAGGAACUGACUGAAAAGAGAGAAUGGAUGAAACAAAUACCUAAGCAACUCAAGAGUUACAAAGAAGUUCUUGCCAAGAUCUUGCUGGAUUUUGAAGUGCUGGAAGAAUUUUGCUACAAUAUUUCAAAUGAGGAUCUUAACAAAAAGUGGACAGCAAUUUGGUGGCCACAAAGGAUAAGCCAACAGAUGGAGGCAGUAUACAUCCAACAUGAAGAGGAUGAGAAGCGCUUCCACAAGAUCCAACUAGCAGACCAUAACAAAUUUGAGGAGCAACUUGACUCUCUCCAGAGCAUCAUUGCUGAGUUUGCUGGACAUGCCGACGUCGAUCUCGCCCAUGAGAUGGCCAACAAGGUGAAGCGUACAGGAAGGCAGCUCAAGCAGUGCCAAACGUUGGCACUAACCUACAACACCAGAGAGCAUCUGCUCAAUUUGCCGGUCUCCAACUUUGACCGCCUGCCAAAACUGGUAGAUGACUGCCAGCCUUUUAUAGACCUCUGGACCACCAUUUCUGACUGGCUACGUUGGAAUGAAAUCUGGUUCAAUGCUCCACUGUCUUCAAUCGAAGCUGAGCAGCUUGAUCACAUUGUCACUACUGCCCAAAAAAACAUGAGCAACUGUAUUGAACAGUUCAGUGGAAAUCCUGACAUCCAAACAAUGGCAAGUGAAAUGCUUAACAAGAUGGAGGGGUUCCAGCCGUUCUCCCUUCUGAUUCAGUGCCUAAGGAACCCAGGAAUGAAGAGUUACCACUGGGAGAUGAUUUCAGAACGCAUUAACAUCAAAGUGAGACCAAAAGCAAACAUGAAUCUCACUCGCUACAUAGAGCUUGGCCUUCUCAACCACUUGGAUGAAAUAGCUCGUGUGGCCGAGACUGCUGCCAAAGAAUACAGCAUUGAACAGGCUCUGGAAAAGAUGGAAGAAGAGUGGGCGACGGUUGUCUUUGACGUGCUUCCCUACAAGGACAUAGAAAAGUGCAUCCUAAAGGUUCCAGAUGAAAUAUUCCAGAUGCUGGACGACCAUAUUGUCAAAACUCAGAACCUGUUCUUCUCCCCGGUCAAAAACGUACUUGAGGGUCGCCUCAACACCUGGGAGAGAAAGCUCAGAAUGACGCAAGAGGUUCUGGAAGAGUGGCUGUCAUGCCAGCGUGCUUGGCUGACCAUGGAGCCCAUCUGUAGCUCCGAGGGUGUCAAACAGCAGCUGAAGCAAGGAACAACGUACAAGCACAUAGUGCGACGCUGGAAAAACAUCAUGAGCGUCGACUUUCGCGAUCAAAACGUCAUUGAGUUGUGCCAAAAUGUUCAGCUGCUAAACAACCUGAAGCGCUGCAACAUCUUUUUGGAAAAUGUUCAGAAAAGUGUUACUGGAUACCUGGAGGAAAAAAGAAGCUCCUUUCCCAGGUUUUCCUUCCUGCCAGACGUUGAGCUUCUGGACAUCUUGUCCCAGUCCGAAGAUCCCACUGCUGUUCAACGACUACUUCACAAAUGCUUUGAGAACAUCUCACAGUUGCAGUUUGAGUCAGACCUACAGAUCACACAUGUGUACUCCAAAGAAGGGGAACGGGUCAAACUGUCCCUCCCAGUAGCACCCGUUGGGAAUGUGGACGACUGGCUGAGUGACUUAGAAAAGUCUAUCAAGACUACUUUGAAGGACAGCAUUGCGAGUGCUCUCAAAGAUUAUUCUGUGCGACCUCACGUUGAGUGGGUGUUAUCAUGGCCUGGCCAGGUGGUGAUGGCUAGCUUUCAGGUUUUCUGGACUGCUGAGGUGUCUGGGGCUUUGGAGAAGGGAGACUUGGCUGAUCGUCUCCAUCCGGUGCUACAGAAUCAGCUUGCUGAUUUAGUGCAGCUAAUGAGAGGAAAUCUCACUAAGUUGCAGCAAGCUGUGUUGUCCUCCCUCAUCGUGAUAGAAGUCCAUGCAAAGGAUGUACUCUCCAAACUGAUGGAGGAGCAAGUGACAACCAUCGAUGACUUUGAGUGGAUCAGCCAGCUUAGAUAUUACUGGAUAAAAGAGGACCUGUAUAUCCAAGACAUGAAUGCAGAAUUCUUGUACGGAUACGAAUAUCUUGGCAACUCUAGUCGCCUGGUCGUUACCCCGCUCACUAAGAGAUGCUACCUCGCCCUUACGAGAGCGCUAAACCUAAAGCUUGGGGGCGGCAUCGCUGGCCCAACAGGGGCGGGAAAGACAGAAACCGUUAAAGAUCUCGGAAAGGCUUUGGCCGUCCACACUGUAGUUUUCAACUGUGCCGAUCAGCUCCGUACCUUUGCAGUGAGAACAUUUCUUAAAGGGCUAGCCAGCUCUGGUGCUUGGGCUUGCUUGGAUGACAUCAUUGGGGUUGAUGUGGAGGUUCUCUCUGUUAUGGCCCAACAGAUCUCCACAAUACAGAAGGCCCAGCAGCAACAGGCUGACCAUUUUGUAUUUGAGGGAGUGGAGAUCCCUUUAGUCCCUUCUUGUGCCAUAUUCUUCACCAUGAACUCUGGUCACUCUACUUACACAGAAAUGCCUGGCAGUCUGAAGGCUCUGUUCCGCCCUGUCUCCUUGAUGAUCCCUGAUUAUGCUGUGAUCGCCGAGAUCUCCUUGUACUCCUCAGGCUUCCUUAAUGCCAAAGCCCUCUCCAAAAAGAUUGAUGCAUUUUUCAGGUUCUCAUUUGAACAACUAGGCUCUCAGGAUCAUUAUAACUUUGGCAUGAGAGCCGUAAAGACUGUGAUAUCUGUAGCUGGAAACCUGAGGAGUGACAACCCCGACAUGAAUGAGGAGUUAAUCUGUCUUCAGGCAAUUCGAGAUACAAGCCUAGCACAGUUUUCCCAGGACGACCUGGAACUUUCCAGUGCCAUUCUCAUGGAUCUUUUCCAUGAAGCAAAAACAGCGCCCACGAGCUACGGCAUUCUGGAGCAGUCGCUGCGUAAUGUCUGCAUUGCAAAGAACCUCAAGGAUGUGGACGAGUUUAUCAACAAGUGCAUUCAGCUGUAUCGCACCAGUGUGGUGAGACAUGGUCUGAUGCUGGUUGGACCUCCUGCAUCUGGUAAAACCAAGUGUUACGAGGUUCUAGGUGCUGCAUUAACAGCUCUGGAGGACCAGCCUUCUACGGAGGGCGGUGUUUAUCGGGCCGUCCAGAUUUCUGUCAUCAACCCAACAUCCAUCAGUGUGCAGCAGCUCUAUGGAAACUACUCUACGAACUCUCACGACUAUCACUGGAAGGACGGUAUCCUCCCAGCUCUUCUUCGCAAAGGAGCAGCUUCUGUGGACAAAAAGACACAGUGGUUCAUAUUGGAUGGACCUCUGGAUCCUGGGUGGAUGGAUGGCUUGAACUCUCUUCUGGAUGACAGCAAAAAGCUAUGCCUUAGCUCCGGGGAAUUUCUACAUCUCACUGAUGAAAUGUCCGUGAUGUUUGAGGCGCAGGACCUGGCAGGGGCAUCUCCAGCCACAGUCUCUCGCUGCGGUUUGGUCUACCUGGAGCCCAGUAUGUUGGGUCUCCUCUCUCUCACGGAGUGCUGGCUGAAGCGGGUUCCUGAGGCUUUGAGGCCGUACACGGAGCAGAUGAACUCACUGUUUUCUAGGUUCCUGCAGGACUCAGUUGCGUUUGUGCGCUCAUCAGUAAAGGAGGUCAUCCCAUCUCUGGACAGCAACCUUGCCUGUAGUCUCCUUAAACUGAUGGAUUGCUUCUUUUGUCCCUACAACACCAAAGAGGGCGAGAAGCCACCAGCUCGAGAGAAACUGGAUCGCCUCACUGACCUGAUAGAACCCUGGUUCUUUUUUUCGCUGGUGUGGAGCGUGGGGGCGACCGGAGACGCCGACAGCCGGCAACGCUUCAGUGCCUGGCUCAGGAGCAAAAUGGCAGAAGAACAGGUUCAAUUACCUUUCCCUGAGGAUGGUCUAGUUUAUGACUACAAGCUUGAUUAUGAUGACCACGAGGAAAGAAAAAUACAGUGGGUCAGCUGGAUGAUAUAUCCCAAAAAUGUUGUCAUGAAUCCAAGAGCAAAUUACGCAGACAUAUUUGUUCCAACUGCUGACACAGAGAGAACGUCUUUCCUGAUGGAUUUGCUGCUUACCAACAGGAAAUCUUUGCUGUGUGUUGGACCUGCUGGUGCUGGAAAGACCCUGACCAUGACCAACAAGCUGCUGGGGAACAUGCCGGCAGAAAUCGAUACACAUGCUCUCGUGUUCUCUGCAAGCACAUCGGCCAAUCAGACUCAAGAUUACAUUGAAAGCAAGCUAAACAAAAGGCGGAAAGGCGUCCUUGGACCUCCAGUGGGGAAGCAAAUUAUCAUCUUCAUCGAUGACCUGAACAUGCCCGUGUCAGAAAUGUGUGGGGCUCAGCCUCCUUUUGAACUUCUGAGGCAGUGGAUGGAGCAGGGGGGCUGGUACGACAGGACCCAGAGAGGAACGUUCAAUCACUUAGUGGACAUGACUUUAGCUUGUGCCAUGGGCAGCUCAGGAGGAGGCCAAAAUGCCAUUAAUCAACGCUUCACACGGCACUUCCACAUCCUGUCCUUUAAUGGCACGGAGGACACCAGCAAAACAAUUUUUUCAGGGAUUCUUGGAAGCUGGAUGGGACCUGCUCCAGAAAUCCAGGCACUGCAGGAGUCUCUUGUGCACGCCUCUAUUCAAAUUUACACCGCCGUUACCUCCCACCUCCUCCCAACUCCAGCAAAGUGCCAUUACACCUUUAACCUCCGAGACCUGUCUAAGGUCUUUCAGGGCAUACUGAUGGCUGAGGCACACACCAUAAAGGAUAAACUACAGCUACUUCGCCUGUGGUACCACGAAAGCUGCCGGGUUUUCCAGGAUCGUCUGGUUUGUGCCAGUGAUAGAGACUGGCUCAACAGUCUGCUGAAGGACUGCAUUCAAGGGUUCGACUGCCACUUUGAAGACGUUGUACCCCACCUUCCUGUUUUGUAUGGAGACUUCGCUUGUCCUGAGUCCGACCAGAAUGUCUAUGCAGCUAUAGAAGACAAGGAAGAUCUCGCAAAAGUGAUGGAACUGUAUGUCGAAGACUACAAUCACAGCAACAGGACCAGGAAGCCUCUGGUGCUUUUCAUGGAUGCCAUUGAGCACGUGUGUCGGAUCAGCCGCAUCCUACGCCAGCCCCUCGGCCACGCCCUGUUGCUUGGAGUGCAUGGCAGCGGCCGCCAUUCGCUCACUAAACUAGCCUCAGACAUAUGUGGAUAUCGAUCUUUCCAAAUUGAAGUGUCUAAGAACUAUGAUCAAACCGAGUGGAGAAAGGAUAUUAAAAACCACAUGUUCUCUGCUGGUCUUUUGGACCAGAAGAUCACAUUCAUCUUUGAUGAAACCCAGAUUAAGUGGGAGUCCUUUCUGGAGGAUAUCUGCAACAUUUUGAACAGUGGGGAUGUUCCCAACCUGUACACACUAGAGGAACAAGAGCGUAUCCUAAAAGCAAUGAGGCCGGUGGUGGAAGGCCAGGGCCAGCAGCCGACAGAAGCUAAUCUUAUGGCUGCCUACAAGAGGAAAGUUAACAGCAACUUUCACCUGGUUCUCUGCAUGAGUCCUAUAGGUGAGGCAUUUCGCGCACGGUUGAGGCAGUUUCCUUCUCUGGUGAAAUGCUGCACCAUAGACUGGUUUGACGCCUGGCCAGAGGAAGCUCUGCAGGCUGUGGCUGAAUCAUUUAUAAAUGGGCUACCUGAGCCGGAAGUCAGUCCCAUGACUAAGAAAGCACUGACAUUGGCAUGUGUGAAGAUCCACAAGCUGGUGGCCAGGAAGAGUGAGCAGUUCCAGAAAGAGCUAUCUCGACACAAUUACAUCACACCUAAGAGCUACACAGAACUGCUCAAAGUCCUCACAGAUCUCACUGGAUGCAAGAAACAAGAGCUAGGCAGAGCUCAACAGCGCAUAAACACCGGUCUCGACAAGCUUUGUGGCAAAGCUGAGGAGGUGAGGAAGUUGCAAGAGGAGCGGGAGAUGAUGCAAUCUCUUUUGGAGGAGGCUGCUAAAGAUGUUGAAGUAACUAUGGAGACCAUUUGCAACAAUUCAGCAUUCGCAGAGAAGAUCCGCAAGUCAGUGCAAGAAGAAGAGGCUAACCUUUCAGAGAAAGAAUGUUUUGCCAGGACAAUCUCUGCCAAUGCACAGGGAGACCUGGGUGAGGCUUUAAAAGUUGUGGAUAAAGCUCUCGCUAGCCUGAAGUCCCUCGACACAAACAGCCUCACUGAGGUCCAAAUCACUGAUCAACUUCCCCGGGGGGUAAAGCUUGUGCUUGAAGCAAUUUGCAUCAUGAAAGGCAUCGAACCUGUAAAGGUUCCUAAAGAGAAGCCUGGCACCAGCUUUGAUGACUACUUGGAACCUGCUAAAAGUCUCCUACAAGAACCUGCCGAUUUUUUGGAGAGCCUCUACAACUAUGACAAGGACAACAUUCCGGAUGAUGUGAUCCGUUCGGUGCAGCCCUACAUCGACGAUGAAGAGUUUCAGCCUGACUCCACUGUCGAGGCUUCCAUUGCCUGCAGCUCUAUUUGCCAGUGGGUGCGAGCCAUGUAUGAAUAUCACUUUAUGGUCAAAGCUGUGGAACCAAAAAGGCAAGCUCUCCAGGAGGCUAAAGAGGACCUAGCAGCCACGCAGCAGUUUCUUUACGACGUCAAGAAGAAACUGGCAACUCUGGAAGAAAGCAAUCACUCUUUACAGGCCAAGUACCAAGAAUGUCUGGCUAAGAAGGAAGAUCUGGACAACAAAUAUCAACUGACUGAAGCUCAACUCGUCAGAGCAAAAAAGUUGGUAGAUGGGCUCGCAGAAGAAGAAGAGCUCUGGAAGGAGACAGGGAAACAUCUUGACCGUUUGGUUCAUAAUCUAGCUGGAGACAUGCUUCUGUGUGCAGGAUACGUCACUUACCUGGGACCCUUCUCGGGCGAGUACCGGGCGGCCGUAGUAGCAGAAUGGCUUCAUUGUUUCAAAGAGCUGAGUCUUCCUCACACUGAUGAAGCUAACCUGAUCAACAGUUUAGGAGAUCCUGUCGAGAUCAACUCUUGGAAGAUUUCAGGAUUGCCCAAGGACACAUUUUCAUUGGAGAAUAGUAUAAUUGCCCAGUAUUCUCUCCGCUGGCCACUGUUUAUAGAUCCUCAGGGGCAAGCCAACAAAUGGAUCAAAACCAUGGAACGGGAGAAUGAUCUGAGGGUUUUGAGGCUCAGUGACAGUAAUUACCUCCAAGGUCUGAAGAAUGCUUUAGUUGAUGGUAAACCUUGCCUGCUGGAGAACGUAGGAGAGGAGCUUGAUCCCGCUAUAAAGCCGCUCUUGUUGCUUCAGACCUUCGAGGAGGAAAGCAAAACAGUGCUGAGGCUGGGGGACUGGGUGGUUCCGUUCUCUGAGGGCUUCAAGUUGUACAUUACCACCAAGCUGCCAAACCCACAUUACUCUCCGGAGGUUUCUGACAGCAUCACCCUCAUUAAUUUCACUGUGUCACCCAGCGGCCUGGAGGAGCAGCUGCUCAGCCUGGUGGUAACUGAGGAGCUUCCAGACUUGGAGGAGGCAAAGAACCAGCUAGUAAUAACAAAUGCCAAAAUGGCCCUGGAGCUCAAAGAAAUCCAGGAUGAGAUCCUGUCACAUCUGGGCUCUGCAGAGGGGAACUCUGUGGCUGAAGAUUUAAAUCCAGAGUUGGAGGCUUCUAAGAUCAAAGCUGGGGAGAUCAAGGCUAAAAUGCUGGCGGCGAAGAAGACGGAGCAGGAUAUUGACGCCACCCGUCUCAGGUUCUCACCAGUGGCCGAGCGAGCCCAGAUUCUCUUCUUUUGUGUGUCAGAGCUGUCCAAUCUUGACCCAACGUACCAGUACACUCUCGAAUGGUUCCUUGGCAUAUUCAUGGCUGCCGUUGGCGACAGUGACCCAGCAGACACGGUGGAGAAGAGAAUCAGCGACAUUAAAGACGGUUUGACCUUCAGCCUGUACAGGAAUGUAUGCCGCAGCCUGUUUGAGAAACACAAAGUCGCGUUUGCUCUUUCUCUGUGUGCUCGCAUCAUGAUGAACGAGAAGAAGAUUAAACCCAUCGAGUGGAGGUUCCUCCUCUCUGGAGGCAAGCCUGUCCACCAGCUGCCUUGCUCGGUGGUCGCCUGGGUGUCGGAUCGGGCCUGGCAGAACAUUUUAGAGCUCAGCGCUCUGGAUGACUUUGGGGGACUGGCAGAAAGCUUCACACGGCAUCUGCAGGGCUUCAGGAGAAUUGUCGACAGCAAGCACCCCCACAGAGAGCCGCUCCCAGGAGAAUGGGAUUCCAGACUGAACUCCUUCCAGAAGUUGCUGGUGCUGCGCUGUCUGCGGCCUGACUGCCUGAUUUACGGCGUACAGGACUUUGUGUCUGCUCAGCUGGGGCAGCGCUACACAGAGCCUCAGAUGUCGGACCUAUCUGUAAUCUUCAAAGAGUCAUCCCCCACCAACCCCAUCAUCUUAAUCCUGUCUACUGGCACUGACCCUGCUGCUGACAUCUACAAGCUUGCUGACGCUGUGCACUUCACUAAGAAAGUUAUUGCCGUGUCUCUGGGUCAAGGCCAGGUUCCCUUAGCUGAGGCCAUGAUGCGUACUGCUAUGAAGACUGGUCAGUGGAUCAUUUUCCAAAACUGUCACAUGGCCCCCGACUGGCUGCCGACUCUAGAACAACUCCCUGAACUCAUCAGUCCUGUGAACGUGGACAAGGAUUUCCGACUGUGGCUAACAAGUAUCCCCUUUAAGAAGAUACCAGUGUCCAUUCUUCAAAACGGUGCCAAAAUGGUCAUUGAGCCUCCAAGAGGGAUCAGGGCACGCUUAGAGAGAGCCUACCUGAGCUUCACCGAUGAGUUGAUGUCUUCUUCAUCAAAGGAAUCCCAGUUCAAGCCAUUGCUCCUCUCCCUCUGCCUGUUCCAUGGGGUUGCUCUGGAGCGAAGACGGUUUGGCCCUCUGGGGUUUAACAUUCCCUACGAUUUCACCGAAGAAGAUCUGCACAUCUGCGUAAGCCAGCUGAAGACGUUCGUGGACGAGUACCAGGACAUCCCCUACAAGGUUCUUAAACACACCGCUGGGGAGGUUAAUUAUGGCGGCCACUUGACAGAUAACUGGGACAGACGAUGUCUCCUCACUCUGCUGGAGGACUUCUACUGUCCCGCCGUUCUUGGUGCUGAUCACGUCUACUCUGGUGUCUACCGGCAAGUAGACUCUAAUCUGGACAUCAAGGGCUAUUUAGCAUACAUCCGAGGACUGCCUAUCAAUGAUACACCUGAGAUCUUCGGUCUCCAUGACAACGCUAAUAUCCGGUCCGCCCAGAACGAGACCUUUGCCCUGUUGGAAGCUCUAGUUUGUCUUGAGCCUCAAGUUGCUGCUAGAUCUGCUGGAGACAAAACAUUUCACGAGACGGUGGAGGAGGUUGUGGUGGGCAUUGUUGAGAAGCUCCCUCAGCCUUUCUGUCUUCAAGAGGUGACUGAAAAGUACCCGCUUCUGUAUGAGCAGCCCUUACACGCAGUGCUAAGCCACGAAGUCAUCAGAUACAACAAGUUGUUGGGGCUCAUCUCUCAGAGUCUCGGUGAACUGACGAAGGCUCUGAAAGGUUCAGUUGUGAUGUCAUCAAAGAUGGAGAUUAUGGCCCUCAGCUUGUUCAACAACACUGUGCCUGAUACGUGGAAGGCCAAGGCCUACCUGUCUCUGAAGCCUCUGGCUUCUUGGGUGUCAGACCUUCUUCUGAGGAUCAGUUUCCUCCAAGGAUGGAUCUCCAAAGGCAUUCCACCGGUUUUCUGGAUUAGCGGGUUCUUUUUCCCACAGGCCUUGCUCACUGGAACCCUGCAGAAUUACGCCCGUCGCCUCGGCACAGCCAUCGAAACAGUGGGAUUCGACUUGGAGGUGCUGGUAAAGCCUGUUUCAGAGAUAACAGAAAUGCCUAACAUAGGCUGCUACAUCCACGGUCUAUUCCUGGAAGGGGCUUGCUGGAAUAACGAGACAGGUCGGCUGACAGAAUCCAAGCCUAUGGAGCUCCACACACAAAUGCCCGUCAUCUGGCUGAUCCCCAAAGCCAACCGUAGACCUCCAACUUCUGUGGUCUACCUCUGUCCUGUCUACAAGACCCUGCGUCGAGCUGGGACCCAGUCUACCAGCGGCCUUUCCAACAAUUACGUGACCGCCCUGGAGCUGCCCACAGACCAGUGUCCGAGACACUGGAUCAAACGAGGGGUCGCCCUAAUCUGUGCGCUGGAUCACUGAACCCAUGGGAUGUUUUCUUCUUUGCAUUCAUCACCAGGAAACAGGCCACAGCGAUGAUAGCUGCAGACCGCAGAAUACACCUCAUCUCAGCCAGAUUCUUCUAUAUAACUCAGCUUGUGUGAUAAAUUGUUCUUGUUCUGUUAUUUGAAUUGUUAACGUAGAUCUUUUGAAUGGGGGAAAAAAAUAUAUAUAUAUUUCAUCUUUA